AUGACAGAUUUCAAAUGGGCAAUUAGUCUACAUCGGUUCAUGUUGAAAAGUAUCGGUUUGUGGCCACCAGACAGUCGUAACGUGCAUGAAAUUGUACGAUCAAAAUUUCGACUGUUAUGCAACGUUAUCACAUUACUCUUCAUAACAACGAUACCGACUUUAGUAUCGUUGCUACGGAUAUGGGGCGAUAUGACACUAAAGGUAGAAAAUUUGGAAUGCAGUCUGCCUAUGUUAAUGGCGUUGUUUAAAAUCAGUAUCAUAUGGUAUAAUCAAAAAGUAUCUAUCACCUUAGUCCUCCCAUGUUUCGGACUAAUGGUCAGGCACGUGACAAACCUGACUGAUUGUGGAAGACCCUUGCUAAUACAAUCGUACUACUUGCAUGAUGUGUCCAAAAGUCCGCAAUUCGAAUUAACAUAUUUAGCACAAGGAAUAGUCUUGUUCACAGGGUGUCUCUCUUAUUCUGCGGUGGACCACUUCCUCGGACUGUUGAUUUUCCAUGUAUGUGGCCAAUUAGAGAAUCUACAUUUGCGGUUGAGACAUAUGGAAAAAUACCCGAACUUUAAUGCAGUAUUGAAGUACAAUGUGCAGGAUCACAUACGGUUAAUCAGAUCCGUCGAAAUUAUCGACAAUACUUUUGAUUUAAUGCUGCUUGGUUUGAUGAUUUGUUUUUGCAUAGAAUUCUGCCUACAAGGAUUUCUCAUAGUAAAUAUUGUUAAAAAAGAAGGCCAAUUGCCAUUUAUGCAGUUGGGUUGGAUCGUUGCAAUGAUUUUAUAUAUAUUGUUGCACAUGGGUCUUUAUUGUGGCGUUGGUGAAGUUCUCGUGACACAAUCUGAAAAAAUACACCGAGCUGCUUAUGAAUAUUCGUGGCACACAAUAGAACCGAAGGCAGCAAAGAACUUAUUACUAAUCAUGCUUCGCUCGAAUAAACCAUUAUAUAUUACAGCUGGAAAAACAUUUCCCAUGACAAUGGCGACGUUAUGCAACUUGUUGAAAACAUCAGCAGGUUACGUAUCUGUGUUACUCGCCAAUCAAAAUUGA